GAUUUGUUGUUGAAAUUGCAAUCCAACGUGUUGAAAAAUGUAUUUGUGCUUGUAAUUUUCAAAAAAUUUAUGUGAUGCUUUGAAUUUUUACAACAAAGUUACAAAUACAUUUAACCAUGGAAAAUCUUAGCGACACGGCUUUCAGCUCGCUUGCUGAUAAAGUGUCUGAAAAUACUUUAAAAGCAAUCACUGACAUGGGAUUCGAAAAGAUGACAGAAAUUCAAGCAAGGACCAUACCUAGUUUGCUAGAGGGCAGUGAUGCAGUGGUAUCUGCCAAGACAGGUAGUGGAAAAACAUUGGCCUUCUUGAUUCCAGCCAUAGAGCUCAUGUAUAAACUAAAGUUUUCUCAGAGGAAUGGAACUGGAGUGCUGGUUAUCUCACCAACUCGUGAGCUGUCAAUGCAGACAUUUGGUGUUGUGAAAGAACUCUUAAAGUACCACUCUCAUACGCAUGGCUUGAUCAUGGGAGGUGCUAGCCGGCAGGCAGAAGCACAGAAACUUGCAACAGGUGUGAACAUACUGAUUGCUACUCCUGGAAGACUUCUGGACCAUUUACAGAAUACAAAUCAAUUUCUAUAUAAGAAUUUACAGUGCUUGAUUAUUGAUGAAGCUGAUAGAAUAUUAGAUAUAGGUUUUGAAGAAGAAAUGAAGAAUAUCAUCCGUAUAUUGCCUAAAACUAGGCAGACAUUAUUAUUCAGUGCAACUUUAACCAAAAAAACGGAAGAUUUAGUUCGUGUUGCUCUACGAAAGCAACCACUGUAUAUUGGAGUUGAAGAUAAUGAGGAAAGGGCUACAGUUGAUGGUUUAAAACAAGGUUAUGUUGUUUGCCCUUCAGAUAAAAGGUUUCUGCUGCUGUUUACAUUUUUGAAGAAAAACCGCAAGAAGAAAGUGAUGGUUUUCUUCAGUUCAUGUAUGUCUGUGAAAUAUCAUAAUGAGCUCUUGAACUACAUAGACCUUCCUGUUAGCUGUAUUCAUGGAAAACAAAAGCAAAACAAGAGAACGGUUACAUUCUUCCAGUUUUGCAAAGCAAAAUCUGGCAUUUUGCUUUGUACAGAUGUUGCAGCUAGAGGUUUAGAUAUUCCUCAAGUUGAUUGGAUUGUACAGUAUGACCCUCCUGAUGAUCCUAAGGAAUACAUACAUCGUGUUGGCAGAACUGCUCGUGGUGAAAAUAGAAAUGGGCAUGCCUUGCUUAUAUUGAGACCAGAAGAGUUGGGCUUCCUGAGGUAUCUUAAACAUGCCAAAGUUCCCCUGCAAGAGUAUGAUUUUUCAUGGAACAAAGUUGCAAAUGUCCAGAAUCAGUUAGAGAAAUUGGUCACAAAGAAUUACUUCUUGCAAGUUUCAGCAAGGGAAGCUUUUAAAGCAUAUGUUCGAGCAUAUAAGUCUCACCAUAUGAAAAAAGUUUAUGACAUCAACACUUUAGACCUUGCAGCAGUUGCAAAAUCAUUUGGUUUCCCUGUACCACCAUUUGUCAGUUUAUAAAAAUAUAUAUAGUUUUUGAAAAUGUGUAAUAUUUCUGAACAUUUUUGUACACAUAUCAUGAUUUUGAAGUUUAUAUUAAUCUAAUUUCAUUGUAAAUAUAUUUGAAAAGUAAUAAUAGUGUAAGUUUUAUGUAUUUAAAAAAGUUGUAAAUUGCCUCCAGUUUAUUAGGGCAAAGUAACUUCAGUUUCAAAACAUACAAGAACUAAUGAACUGAUCUUGUAUUAUGCAGUUUUUCUUUAUUUAUUUUUUAAAAUAAUGGUGCAUUAUGUUAGGUAUCUGAAUUUAUUGAUGUUUAUUGCAUUUGUUACUUCAAAAAAAAAAAGAAAGAAAAAUAAUUAACGUACUUCCAUCUGUAAUUGCCAAAAGUUCAAGAAUUUCUAAUGUUAAAAAUGGUUUUAAAUUCUGUAAAUAUAUAGCAGUCGCUGAACCCUCUCAAAUGAGACUGUUUGUUAUUAGUUUUAAACCACAACUAAAACUCAAUACAUCUGCUAAGAUAAGUGAUUAAAAGUAAAUCAUUUUCAUGGAAAACAAUUUUAAUUUGGUAAACAUUUACUGUAUGUGUAAUUAUUGUCACAUCUGUGAAUUUCCCUUCAUGUAUUGUGAAGUGAUUUAAAUAAAUGUUGUACAUUAUUUACGCUUGAUAAAUAGUGUAUAAUAUGCAUCCAUCAUUUUAUUGUA